AUGACCUUCACGUCAGUAUUUGCCGGGCUCCAUCUGCCCGACCACCACGCCAACACCACCGCCGCCGACGGCGGCGUGCAAAUCGCGGCCGGGCUAGCGCCGGCACUGCCGUCAGGGCCGUCGCCCUCAUCGCUGGCACUCCCCGUCUCCGUCUACGCCUGGGCCGCGCAGCAGGUCGUCUACCACGCCGUCGGCCUGCUCUUCGAGGAGUGCGACCGCAAGGGCGCCCUGAAGCGGUUCAAGGUCCGCGACGUGGACCGCAAGCACUACGCCGACCUGCUGCCGCGCGUGCUCUUCAACCAGCUCUUCGUCCUGCUGCCGUCCAUGGUCGCCGCCGAGACCCUGCUGGCUCUCUGCUUCGUCGGGCGGCAGCUCCAGUGGUGGCACUACGCGCUGGUGCCGCCGGCCAUGGCCGUCGGGCACGACGUGGUGCAGUACCUGGCGCACCGGUACCUGCUCCACCAGCCCAACGUGGCCCUCAUGCGCGCGCUGCGGCACUCGGUGCACCACUCGACCGGCGCCACAAAGGCCGUCAGCGCCUGCUACAUGUCGGCGCCGGACUUCUUCCUCGAGAUCGUCCUGCCGUACCUCGUGCCGCUGGCCCUGGUCGGCGGCGGCGGCGACAACGUCUACUUCCACUCGCUCGUCGCCGGCCUGGGUGCCGUCGGAGGCCUGUACGAGCACUCUGGGUACGACUUCUCGGUCGUUCUACGCUCGUACAGCUGCCAUGGCCAUGGUGAUGGCUCGACGGCCGCUAAAUGGCCGCGGCUGGCCAGCAUCUUGGGCAGCUUCCUCGAUAACCGGUCGCACACCGAGCACCACGUGCGGGCUCAUGUCUCCUUCUCGGACGGCUUCGGCAGCCCUGGCAUCUGCGACACGGUGAUGGGCACGAGGUGGGACCUUGCGGCAGCGAGGCGUCGUGCAGAGGCUGCCGAGAGGGAAUGGCAGCGUCAACAGGCAAAGCUUGAUCUCGCGGUCAAAGCAACGGGAGUACAGGCCAAGUGA